AUGUCAAGGAUACUACAAUCGCAAGUUGGUGAAAAACUUAAAGUACAUAUACUUGGAGCCGGGGCAAUAGGGUCCUUGUUAGCUCAUGAUUUAAAACAACAAUAUAAUGAUCAAGUAUCACCUAUUUUACUUUUACGUCCCAAUAAAAAAAUCCUCCCAUCAUCCUCACCUCAACCACUACAAAAUAAUACUACAAACAUAAAAUUGACUCGAAUUUUUGAGAGUGAGCAAGAAGUAUCAUCAUUUGAUAUAGAAUAUGCAAAACCAAAUAAUUUUGAAAAACCAGGCAAAAAUGAAAAAAUUGAAAAUUUAAUAAUAACUACUAAAUCAUAUCAGACCGAAUCUGCCAUAAAACCAUAUAUACAUAACAUUACUUCGAGUUCCAAUAUUUUUAUAGUCCAAAAUGGAAUGGGGAUGAAACAAAACUUGAUUAAUAGGUUUUGGAGCUCAGACAAAUCUAUUCCUUCAAUAUUUGAAGGUAUAACUACUCAUGGAGUAUUUAUUGAUGAAAAAAAUAUCGUAAAUCACGCUUCGCAAGGUAAAUUAUUAGUAAGUAACUCCUUUGAAGAAGGAAAAGAAUUGCCACGACUAAUCAAACUCAUUUUGGAAAUAUCUAAUUUGAACUCAAGUUUUUUAGAUUACGAUAAAUUUCUACUAUACCAAAUCGAAAAACUCAUAAUAAACUGUUGCAUUAAUCCAAUAACCGGAUUAUACAAUGUGAGAAAUGGCGACUUAUUAUAG